AUGGACUCAGAAGAUCAAAUAUGCGCUGAACCGAUCUUGGUGAACAAGCCAGGCUAUCAAGUUGAAGAUGAAGGAGUGUUGAUCGUUCCGGUAAUCACAACUCGUGAAGAUGACACCCCUUAUGUGGUCAUAAUAGAUUCUGAGACUAUGCAAGAGCAGGGUCGCUUCAUCAUUCCACAAUCAAGAAUCCCAUUCGGAUUUCAUGCUCAUUUCACACCUCGACAGACUAAUGUGUAG